AUGGCUCAGGCCCCGGCCCUCAGCUCCCAUUUCAGCUGCUCCAUCUGUCUGGAGCUGUUCAGAGAUCCGGUCACCAUCCCGUGUGGCCACAGCUACUGCAUGAGCUGCCUCACCGACUUCUGGGACCACCGGACCGACUGCAGCUGCCCGCAGUGCAGGGCCACCUUCCGCCCGCGGCCCAAACUGGGUCGGAACAACCUGCUGGUCGAGAUGAUGCAGAAGCUGGGAGCCACCGCGCUGACCGAGGGCCCCUCGGCUCCUCCGUUCUACGAGGUCCUGGGCCCCGCGGCGGGCUUCGAGCACGCCACCUUUGACGUGUCCUCAGUGCGGCCAGAGCGGAACGAUGCGCAGAGGCUGUUGGGGGAAACGCGCAGACACCUGGAAGCAGAAAUCACGCAGAAAGAGGCGGAGCUUCAGCAUCUGGAGCACAGUCUGCGCUCCUUCUCAGGUCUGGCCAAAGCUGCGGCGAAGGACAGCAGCAGGAUCUUCUCGCAGCUCAUCGACUUCCUGGAGCGUCGCCGCGUGGAUAUGAAGGAGCUGAUCAGGGCUCAGGAGAAGGCGGAGAGGGCCCGGGCCGAGACCCAGCUGCAGAGCCUGCAGCGGCAGCUGUCGGAGCUGCGGCGGAGAGACGGCGAGCUGAAGAAGCUGUCCGGCUCCCAGGACCAGCCUCUGGUCACACAGAUGUGUGAGAGCUGUCGCUGCCCGGUGGCCGCACAGUCAGGAAGCCCCCUGACGGUCAGUCCAAGCCUCUCCUUCGGGCCUGUGAGGAAGGCCGUCUCAGACCUGAAGGAGCAGCUGCAGAGCUUGUAUCAAACAGAGUUCCCCAGCGUGGCCUCUGCCGUGAAAAGUGUGAAACUCCUGGAGCUGAAAGCAGCCAGAAAAGAUUUUUCCCUGAUUUUCUGGGACCCGUUCACCGCUCACAGAGAACUAGCUCUGACUGAAAGGAACCGCGUGGUCAGCAGAACUGGAGGAAUUAAGGAUUACGCAGACCACCCUGACAGAUUUGAUACCUGGGGUCAGGUGUUGUGCACUGAGGGCCUUCAGGGCCGCAGCUACUGGGAGGCAGAGUGGGACGGCCAGCAGGUGGCGCUGGGGCUCACCUAUGAGGGUAUUGGAAGAAAGGGAUCUUCUGAUGAGUGCAGGCUGGGACACAACGCUCUGUCCUGGAGUCUGCAGUGCGGCUCGUCCUCCUUCGUCUUCUGCCACGGCUCCAGGAAGCAGCCGGUGGAGGCUCCGGGCAGCUCCCUGUCCCGCCGGGUCGGCGUGUUUCUGGACCACGACGCCGGCCUGCUUUGUUUCUACAUGGUGACGCCCACAGAGGUCCACCUCCUCCACCGGGUGGAGGCACAAUUCAAGCAUCCACUCUACCCUGCAGUGUGGCUGGGAGGCAUGACCACCAUCACCCUGUGUGCCCUCGACUGA